AUGGCUACUUACAAAGACAAUGGUUUGAGCUCAAAAAGAGUGCGUGGGUCUUGCUUGCAGUCACCGACACUUGAAUCCACACUUGCUGACACUGAGGAAACAUAUGCCCUCGAGCACAAAAACAAACGCCGCGAGCUCAGCGAUGCACGCCGCAAGCUCGAGGUUCUCACCAAUACCAAGGCAAUAGAUGGCCAGGUUACAGCGACUCUUGCUAAUAAGCUCAGGAAUGCAUCCCACGCCAUUGAGGAACUCGACAACGCUGAAGCAGUACUUGCCCAUAUUAAUGAGGCCCUUACCAGUCAGCUCGAUGACGCACCCCACGCGAUUGAGGCGCUCUGCCAGUAUGCGGAUCUGAGUGAGGCUGCCCUUACCAACGCCGAGGCGCGAAAUAAGGCGUUGGAGGACCGGCUCGAGUCUGCAAAUAAAUCCUCAUUCAAGUAAGAACUGGCCAAAAUCAAUCAUAUGGUAACCGACAAGAACAACAAGCUUGAACGCAAACGCAAGCGCUCCAACAAGUUAAAUCGGAAGUACAAGAACGCGAGAAUCGAAAACACCAAGUUGAGCAAGGGGUGAAUGAUACGGUGCUAUUGCUGAAGGCUCUUCAAGCAAAUUGUCAAUUCAGCAGCACGCAUCGCAGCACUGGUGGUAACUUGCCAAUACGCGCGGAACCACCGAUGCCAACCCUGGCAUAGUCACAUCCAUGUGUUGCGCCUUUCUUGUGCAUAUACAGAGCUUGGCGAACACAUCAAAAUAUUUCCUGGGUACGGUCAAGCGAGGGAAGUCUUACAAACCACACUUUUUCAUUUAUCAUUUUUCAUUAUUUUAACCAUUUACACAUGACGCUGAAGGGCAAAGAAAACAGCACUCUGAC